AUGUUGCCGCCAACAAGCUACAUACCCUUCGUCUUCGCCUCACGCCUCAUCGUGACAAGCACCACAGACAUGUCUGAUGAGCCGCCUAAAUCCAUCUUUGAGAAUGUCUGGUGCCUCUGGGACAGUGGUGCCCAGACCUCCUUCAUUCUCACCAGCAACCUCAAUAGUACUGUUAGGGACAAUCGAGACGAAGGGAGCGCCUUGAUGGAUAUCACUUUCUCGGAUGUGAACCAAACCAUAGCCUUGGCCAUUCACUUCCGCCCUCAACUUCCCAACGGCGUGACUUUCAUCAUUCUCGGUCAGCACGCCCUGCUCAAUCGUCUUCAGUAUCAAAUUCGGCCCGUGUCGAUUAACCCUCAGUUCUCACAAGAAUUCCCGUCGGCAUAUGGUCAACUCAAGUGA